CUCGUGUCGUUGCCAAAUCGAACCCUAUAAAGCCCUAAACGCUCAACUCUUUCGCCCUCCACUCCUGCUCCGGUCGCUGCGCCUCCACGCCCAGCCUUUCCUACGACCUCCGCAGAGAGCUACGACCCGCCGCCACCAUGCCUUCUCUCGUCUUAUCCGACCAUCUUCUCUCCUCCGAGGAGACCAAGAAAUUGAAGCCCAAGGAACUCCAGAACGGCACCCCUGAGGAGGGGGAGCAGAGGAAGAAGAAGAAGAAGAAAAAGCAUGCGGACGGCGAGCUCGACAGCAGCAUGGAGGAUAUGGCGUCCGAGAAGAAGGCAAAGAAGGGCAAGAAGAGGAAGGCCUCUGAUGAUGACGAAAAAAGUGACACCACGGCCGAUUCCACCCAGCCGACCGUCGCCGAGAAGCAAGCAGCGGCAGUGAAUGGGGGCGCAAUGAAGAAGCCGAAGCUGAUGAAGGACGAUGACGGAGAGACAGACAACGCUGCCGAUGAUCCAAAUGCUUUGUCCAAUUUUAGGAUCUCGAAGGUCUUGAGGGAGACUCUGAAUUCGAAGGGGAUUAAGGCUCUGUUCCCCAUCCAGGCCAUGACUUUCGAUCUCAUACUCGAUGGGUUUGAUUUGGUCGGUCGAGCACGGACUGGUCAGGGUAAAACCUUGGCUUUUGUGUUGCCUAUAUUGGAGUCACUGACCAAUGGAGUGCAUAAGGCAUCAAGGAAGAGUGGUUAUGGGAGACCCCCAAGUGUUUUGGUACUUCUUCCAACUCGUGAGCUAGCAAAUCAGGUUUAUUCAGACUUUGAGGUCUAUGGUGGGACAGUAGGUUUAUCUUCAUGCUGUUUAUAUGGUGGAUCCCCUUACCGUACUCAAGAAAUUUCACUAAGGCGAGGAGUUGAUAUCAUUGUUGGGACUCCCGGACGCAUAAAAGAUCACAUUGAAAGGGGGAACCUUGACCUGAAGGCUUUAAAGUUCCGUGUCCUUGAUGAAGCAGAUGAAAUGUUAAAUAUGGGUUUUGUCGAUGAUGUGGAACUAAUUCUUGGUAAAGUUGAGGAUACUAGCAAAGUUCAAACACUUCUCUUCAGUGCUACCCUGCCUGACUGGGUAAAGAAGAUAUCUACACGAUUUCUAAAGCAAGAUAAGAAAACAGCUGAUCUUGUUGGCAAUGAGAAAUUGAAGGCUAGCGCCAAUGUUAGACAUCUUGUUCUUCCUUGUACUCGUUCAGCAAGACCACAACUUAUUCCCGAUAUUAUCCGUUGUUAUAGCCGUGGUGGCCGAACCAUCAUUUUCACCGAGACAAAAGAAUCUGCAUCUGAACUUGCUGGGUUAUUACCUGGUGCACGUGCUUUGCAUGGGGACAUAAUGCAAGCACAACGUGAGGUCAUACUUGCUGGAUUUAGGUCAGGCAGGUUUUUAGUUUUAGUUGCUACAAAUGUGGCAGCACGUGGCUUAGACAUAAAUGAUGUGCAGUUGAUUAUACAGUGCGAACCCCCACAUGAUGUUGAAGCUUACAUUCAUCGAUCAGGGCGAACUGGAAGAGCUGGAAAUACCGGUGUUGCUAUUUUGCUUUAUGAACCCAAACACUCGUUUAGUGUUUCUAGAAUAGAGAGAGAGUCAGGUGUUAAGUUUGAGCAUAUAUCUGCCCCUCAGCCUGCUGAUAUUGCUGAAUCAGCUGGAUCUGAAGCAGCUGAUGCUAUUUCAAAUGUCUCCGACAGUGUUAUUCCAAUUUUCCGUUCACAAGCAGAGCAGCUGUUAAGCUCCUCUGAAUUAUCAGCAGUGGAUUUACUAGCAAAAGCCCUUGCCAAGGCUGUUGGUUUCACUGACAUAAAAAAGAGGUCACUUCUCUCUUCUAUGGAGAAUUACGUGACAUUACUUCUUCAGACAGGAAAGAUAAUCUAUUCACCUUCGUUUGCUUUUAGUACGUUCAGAAGAUUCUUGCCUGAUGAGAAGAUUGAAGGUGUUAAAGGCCUUUCUCUUACUGCUGAUGGCACAGGUGCAGUGUUUGAUGUACCUGCUGAUGAUGUAAAUGCAUUUCUUGAAGGCCAAGAAAAUGCUCAGUCGGUGUCCAUUGAGGUCCUGGAAAAAUUGCCCCCUUUGCAAGACACAGAUCGGUCGAAAGGUGGCAACUCGGGCCGAGGAAGGUUUGGCGGUGGCAGAUUCUCUGGUGGUAGAGGUGGCAACAGCAGUUCAAAUAGAAGAAACGGUGGUGGUGGUUUCAUCGGUGGAGGCCGUGGCCGACGAAAAGCUAGUAGUGGUGGUCCUAACAGAUUUAACAGGUGGAAGUGAAAGUGCACAGUUUGGUACAUUACCACAUCAGUAUCUGAAAUUUUUACUGUUUAUUUUUUUCAUCUCUUUGAUCGAGGGAUUAAAGGUAUAAUAAGCAUAAUUGACUACAAUUCUUUUCUUCUCCAUGUGGCUGAGAUGGUUUUAUACCAAUUUUGUUCCACGCCAUUCAGCCCUGUGGAUUUAAGUGUUUUUGUUAUUUGUGAUGAGAUCUUUGCAAAUUUUAAUUGAUCAA